AAACGCGACAAAAAUAUAACCUCUAAAGUGACUGAUGUCAUUGUUGUUUUGAUUGGUGAUUUGAGUGCAAGUUAAAAAUAUUUCGUAAAAAUGAUGAGCAGACCUAAGCCAGGAGAGACCGAAGAUGACUUAUUAAAAAUGCAGGAAGAGUUUCUAAGAGAAAAAAACCAAAACACAAAUUAUCAACCAGCUGCACAAGUAGUUAAUUUGCGUCGCACAGAACAUCAAACAAUUAAAAGAACUAGUACUAAUGAAACAGCUUCCCGUAAACCUUCGAAAUAUGCAGUUUCCAAAGGACUAUCUAGUAAUAAUGAAAAACGGCCACGUACUGAAGCAAGCACUAAUACUUUUAUGGGUGAAAUUGUGGAAAAAAAUUGCGAACCAGAAGAUGUUAAGAGUGUAGAAAUCGAUGAUGACAAAGUAUAUUACCCUAAGGUAUUACCAUCAAUAUUAGGCACAAUUAUCGAAAAAAAUAUUGAUAACCACAUUGAUUUUAAUUAUAAUAAACAAAUUCCAUCUGAUGGUUUUCCGGCGGUAAUUAAACGUGACCCGACUAUUACACCAGGACAUAAAAGUAUUCAUGCACAGCACUUAGAAAAAUUACGUGGUAAAAAAGAAAUUAAAAUGGAUAUUGAUGAACCACAGUCUACUAUUAAACCAUCUUUAAUUAACCAACAACCUUCACUCAAGACCUUAAAUCUUCCAAAUAAAAGUUUCAUUUUAUCAUCAAAGGAUGCAGAUUCAAUUCAUAUUGAGAACAAUGAAAUAUUAGGGAAAAUGUCAGAAAAAGAGAUUUUGGAAGAACAGCAAAAAUUAUUAUCAAGCUUAGAUCCCAAAUUAAUAGAAUAUAUUAAAACUAAACGUCAACAAAACACUUUAAAAGCAGAAGCGCAAAGUGUUACAAGCUCAAAAUCAACAGAUUCAAAUGAACCAAUAUGCAUGGAAGAAGUUAAGACCAUAGAUAAUGAAGAAAAUGAACUGAAUUAUGGAUAUAUACAGGACAAUGAUAUACUAUCAAAUCCAAAUGUUAUCAAAUGGUUACAUUUUGACCAACUCGAAAAAGACAAACUAGAAUGGAUGAAGGCAAUUUCAGAGAGCAAAAAAGUCAAACCAGAUGAGCCAUAUGAAGCAAGGUUUGAUUUUAGAGGAUAUCUAUUGCCAUAUACAAUAAAUUACACAGAAGAGACUAAAACACUAUUCCAUCAUGGUGAAGAACCACAUAGACCUGGAUACUCUAUUGUAGAACUAAUAGAACUAUCUCGCUCAACCAUAACCCAGCAAAGAGUUAUGGCACUAAAUACUAUAGCUGGUAUUCUAGAAUAUUAUAUUGCUGGUACCUACAAAGACAUAUUGGAACUACCAAUUACAAAACUCUUUUUUAUGAUAAGAAUAGCAAUGGAUGAAAAUAAAACUAUAAUUUUGGAACCGGCACUAAAAGCUAUGAGAAAUUUACUUUACAACAAGAUAGAUGAAGCAGCUCUUGAUGCUUUAAUAGGCUUUGACGAAGGUUCUUACCAACCUUGUCUUGAAAAUGAUAAAUCAGAAAUUGAAGAACUUGAAUCUAAGGAAUCGGAGUUUAAAGAUUUUCAUCUUGCUGAAAUAGACUUGAUUUCAGCUCUUAUGAGAACUUAUAUACUCCAGAGAUUGUAUUAUAUAAUGGACAUUAUAAAACCUAAUUUUAAUUGUGUCCAGUACAGUUUACAGAUUUUAAUCAGACUGUGUAGAGACUCUGAAAGCACUGUGAAGCAAAUUAUUGACAUGGAUCAUCUGAUGUCAAUUAUUAUUGCCAACUUUAUUCCAAUAACUAGUAUUAACUUUAAUUUUGAUCCAAACAUUGUGUACAAAGGAAAACCGAUAUUACCUGCUUUGAAACUUUUACGUGUUCUAUCUUUACAAACAAAAGAAAUUGGAGAUACAUUAAUUAAAAAAUAUGGCAUAUUGCAACCUUUAUCUGAAUAUAUUUGCUCAAAAGUUGAUGGUACAUAUGGAUUACAGAUUCAAAUAGAAGCUUUGAGUAUUUUAUCUAAUUUACUUCAUUAUGAACUUGGUGUUGAAAGUUGUGUUGCUGUUUGUCCUGUGAUAAUAACAAUGUUGUAUAAUCAUGUUCAAGGUACCAAUAUUUAUAUCAAACCAUCAGUAAUAUCUGCAACUCAUGCAGCUGUUGUUUUGCAGUUUAUUAAUAAACUACUCCAUUGCAAUUUAAAUUUGGAUAAUUACAAGCAUCAAAUGUAUCCAUUAUUGAAAGAAGGAGUACAAAAAUGGCUUACUCAAGUCGCAAACUGUGAAAGUUUUACUUGUGGUCAUUUAAGACUUGUAUGUUCUAUUCUGGACUGUUGUGCAACUGUUUUGCAGUAUGAGAAUCUGACACUGCCAUUUCUUAAUAAUACUUUAGAGAGUCUUAUGAAUUCAUCCGGUUUUAAGGAAUUAAUCAAACACUUGGUACUAAGUUCAAAUUUACUAUCUGGAAUUGAGAAUAACUGUUUUCAUACCAUUAAGAACCUUGUCAAUCUUAAUAGUAUAGUAAUUAAUUCAACACAAAAUAAUUUACCCAUUUUAAAUAUUAUAUCUCCAAUACCGUUUCUUGCAUCUCUGUUUAAAGUAUUAGCAAUUCUUAAUGAAAAAAAUAUUUCAAAUGGUUUCAUUGAACAUGUUCUGAAGUAUUUGAGAAAAUUUGCAAACAAAACGCCUAGUUUAUGUGACAAUUGGUUUACAAGAAUGGAAACUGAUUUUAUAUUUUAUACUGUAAAGAUUGCAACUGAAUGUAAUAUUGCAGAGUCUGAAAAAGAUUUAUUAUAUACAGUUGCUAAUAAACUGUGUUAUGUACUUCGUGCAGAUAAAAAGAUGGAAUUGGAGUUUCUUUUCAAACAUAUAAUAUUUAACAAACAAUGGAUCAGUUCAGAAAGACUGUUCAGUCUAUUAUCUUUAUCAGGAAAAGAUGGAGUUAUGAAAGUUCUUACAAAUGCAUAUGAUAUAAAAUCAUGUUAUAAUAGUGUUAUUAAUCUAAACUACUCCUAUUGUAAUCGAAAUGUUGUGUUGAGGAAGUGGAAGGAACCUAUACUACCCAGAGACUGGAUUUAUUUGCCAAUUUUAACUCUUUAUGGCAAUAGUCAGGAAUUAAAGUCCACUCCUAAACUAGUAGGUGAACAUGCUAGUAAAGUGGCAGAACAAGAAGCUAAGACAAAAGAACUUAUCAUUAUCAGUAGUUUAGAAUGGAUUCUUUUCAAUGAAAUAUGCUUUCCUGAUCUUUUAAAAGAAAUUGAUGUAACUGACAGGUUUUGUCGGAUUAUGUGUGUCUUCCUUUGUGAUAACUCAUUAUUUCUGGAACCUUCCAUCAAGCUACUUUUACAUAAAUGUACUGAAGUUCUUUUCAAGAGUCGAAACAAAUUUAAUUUUGAUAAAGAUCUAAUUGGUUUGAAUAACUUCCAAGAUUUUUUUACGCAAUUUCUUGAACAUUUUCAAGGAGUGAGCUAUGGAGAUCCAUGCUUUGCUGCAUGUGUGUUAGUGCCAUUAGCUCAGAAGCAUAAUGUGAAAUGGCGAAAAAUAUUAUGGUCAGAAUACGCCGGGUGCCUAAGAGCGUUGGAUUGUCCUGAAAAUUAUUUAUGUUAUGACUUAAAUGAUUACUUAUACCCGGAAGAAAAUGAUGAGUCUCUUUUGAAAUGUUAUUUCAGAGCGCUAAAUAGUGAUUUACUGAGGCGGGGAACAAUUGUCUAUAGAAUAGCUGAGCACCAUGUAAAUAGAUUUAAAUUAAGGAAAACAUCAAAUGUAUAAAA